UCCACUGGAGCACACGCGGUUUCGCGAUGGACGGGAAGGCCAACGAUUUCCUCAACUACAAGAUGGGCAAGACUCUUGGAAUCGGAUCGUUUGGUAAGGUCAAGGUAGCCGAGCACAUCCCCACUGGGCACAAGGUUGCCAUCAAGAUACUCAAUCGCAGGAAAAUCAAGGCCAUGGACAUGGAAGAGAAAGUUAGAAGAGAGAUCAAGAUCUUGAGGUUAUUCAUGCAUCCUCACAUCAUAAGGCUCUACGAGGUCGUGGAGACCAUGAAUGAUAUUUUCGUGGUGAUGGAGUAUGUCAAGUCGGGGGAGCUGUUCGAUUAUAUUGUUGAGAAGGGGCGCCUCCAGGAGGAUGAAGCCCGGCGUUUUAAUAUCAAUAUGAUCUUUUGGAAACAUUAG